GUAUCGGUCCAUCCUUAGUUUUCACCCAUCGAGUAUUCCUCGACAUGGAUGUUCACCAAUUGUUUAGUAAUCUAAAGAAGGAAGCUGAAUGUCCAUUGUGCUUAGAUGCAGUAAGAGAACCCAAAACUCUUCCAUGUUUGCAUUCGUUCUGUUUACACUGCCUUGACAGACACGUUGGACACGCAAGGAGACGGAGAGAAACGAAAAUCAAAUGUCCGGUUUGCCUGACUGACUUCAACAUUCCAAAAAGUGAUACGUUCUCUAAUUUACCCGCGUCGUUUCAUCUCAAUCGAUUGUUGGAUAUUUUAGCUCUAGAAGAUGGUGGCGUUCAGAUUCAGACAUGCAAUAGCUGUGACGAUAACAGCGCUGUAACAUCGUAUUGUUUUGUUUGUCAAAGCUUUCUCUGUGCAGCUUGUUUUGAAGCGCAUCAACGCUUGAAGGUUACGAGAGGUCACCGAAAUGUUUUGAUCGAGAAAUUGCAAGCACAAGAUGUUGAAGAAUUGAUUCAACGACCUGUCAUGUGUACGGAAAAGUAUCACGAAAACGAAUCGCUUGAAUACUUCUGCAAAGAUUGCAAGACUUGUGUCUGUAUGAAGUGCGGGUUCGUAAGUCAUAAUCAACACACAGUGGUGGAUAUUCAACAAGCAGCGGGAGAAAGAAAGGUUCAAAUUACAAAAGCCGUGGACAAAGCAAAGGCGGAAAUUGCUGUUGUGGAAAGUAAAAUGAAUAGACAAAUUGAGUUCAUGAAGAAGAGCACAGAUGAAAUGAUUGCUGCACAAGAUAAAGUCACAACUAUCGUGGACGAUCUUGUCCGAAUUUUAAGGGAACAUGAAGCUGCUGUGAAGACAAGAUUAUUUCGAAUCAAUGAAGCACAGCAAAGAGAUCAUGCGAUUCGAACGAAAGAGUUUCAGUUAACAGUUUCCCAACUCAAUGGAUUUGUUGAACACGGAGAUGCUAUCCUACAUCGAAACAUACCCUCUGAAAUUAUACAAACAGAACUGACCGUCACAAGUCGGCUCGAAGAAAUUUCGAAAGCUGCGCGAGCAACGAUCCUUCAACCUCUUCAUUUUAGUUAUGUUGCAAAUGAGACACUUGAAAAAUAUAAGGUAAUUCUGAAAAACUCAGGUCCAGGCCGACUUAUUGCGAGUUUUACCGAUCCUGCACUAUCGUUAGCAGGAUGUGAACCCAAAGUUUUGGACGUAGUAAAACCAUGUAGCGAAGUGGUUUUCAAAUUAACAACAAGAGAUUCAGACGGAAAUCAGGUUUACAACGAAGAAGACAACGUGACUGUGCUGAUUUACCCGCCAUCCGAGUUAGAAGAGGAAAACGAAAUAAAAAAUUUUAAAGAUGGAAAUUACAGCAUUUCUGUUAUUUGUCCAGAACUCGAUAGUAAUCAUGACCUGGUGAUUGAAGUGAACGGGAUACCGCUGACCCGAAAAGUUAAGAUUGUGCCGCAUGAAUACUACCAAGCUUCCCUGAAGAAGUUUGACUUGCGAGGACAAGAGAACUUUAAUUUUCCGUGUAGUAUUGCCCAAAGUGAAAAGACUGCAAAUAUUGCAGUGGCAAAUUAUGGUAAUGGCAAGGUAUUGUUGUUUGAUGCUACUUUCAGGUACCUAAGAACUGUGGUGGAUUUCAGCCCAAAACAAAAACCCCGAUGCGUUGCAUUUUCAAAGGUUUGCGAUUUAUUAGUCGUUUGCGAAGAGUCCUCAAAAUGGAGCGAAAUUCAUAAAAUUAGCAAAGUUUCCGUUUAUACUGAAACUGGAACAUUCGUAAAACAUAUCAGCGGACACUUGGUUAACCCCUGCAGUGUUUCUGUUAGGAGUGAUGGUAAAAUAAUCGUGUGCGAUUCGGGUGACCUAUAUAUCAAGCUCCUCUCCGCUGAUGGAGCAAAACUGUUGAGGUCAUUUAGAUUAGCAAACUUUGACGCUUUUCCGUGGUUUGCCGUUUACCAUAAAAAAAAGUAUUUUGUGUCGUAUCGCAUGGGUCGUUGUGUGAAGGUUUUCGACAGACAGGGGAAGCAUUUGCGCGAUCUUGGACAGUUUGAUUCUCCUGCAGGACUAGCCAUAGACAAGUUAAACAACCUAGUAGUAUGUGAUGCUGCGCGGAGCGAUAUUAAGUGGAGUAGUGUUAAAGUAUUUACGCUGGGUGGAAAAGUGGUUAGCCACUUUGGUGACGUACUAUCCAUGUCAUCAAUGCCUUGCUCUGUCGCUGUCACUCAAAAUGGUGAUGUGCUCGUCUCUGAUGUCGUAAAACACGCUAUUUACGUCUUUCGCUAAUUAAGACUCGAAGAUCGGUGUGCACAGUUUUUAGAUUUGUAUCUGUAGAAUAUGUAUGAUUCCUAAUAAAGGACGUUGAAAUACU